AUACUGAACAUUUUAGUUAUGGCGUGCCUUAAGCCACGCAUUGUGUAGCUGAGUGGUUUAUUCCUAAGAUUUUUAAAAUAUUUGCAUUAAAUAACUUCCUCCGCAGCGAAUGGGUGCCGUCGGAAUGAGUCAAAACUGCCGAUAAAAACAUCACAAUAAUCCACAAAUAUCCCUAGUGAAAUCUGGCGUGCUUGCAAUAAACAAAUGCAUAACUAAGACGACUUUAAACACUUACUUCUGGGCAAAAUAGAGUUAUAUCUAUCUGUAACGUAGUUUUUUUUUCCAGUGAAAGGUUGAGAUGUGUUGUUUUAAACAGCUAGAGGGAUCAUGAUGUUUGCCUGCGUCCCCAUGCCGACCCUGAGAGCCAUGCUGUCCAAGGAUCUGCAUCCCCAGCAGUAUGGGCGAGUCUUUGGGAUGCUCCAGCUGCUUCUGGCUGUGACCGAUCUCUUGUCUAACGUCUUUUUCACCUCCGUUUACCCGCUAACUCUCGGCUGGUUCAGCGGCUUCUGCUUCCUCCUCUCCUGUGCUGUUAGUUACAUCAGCGCUGUCCCGAUCAUUUAUCGAAAUGGCAGAGACACGCGUCUCGGAUCCAUUUGAAACGUUGACCUACAGGAAAAGGUGUCUGUUCUCGUUUUGAUUCAGCACUAUGGAGCGUGAUGGAAAAAUAAUAGGAUUCAUGCAAGCAAUGCUUCCGCAUUCUUCCCCAAAAAGCAUUGCAUUACCUGAUGAACUUUGCAUUUGAUAAGAAAAAAUGUUUCUGUACUCUCGCAAAAAUAAGGCAUGCACAGCAAAAAUCGCAAUGC